AAAAAUGAUUACUUACAGAAAGCCAGAAAAUCAUUUGGGAUAGCUGCUGAACAGAUAACAUUCAGGAUGCAUUUAAAUCUGCUGUUUUUCUCAAUAAUCGUGAUGAGUGCUUCAGCCUCAAAUUUACUUGAUGAGGAGUGGAACACAUGGAAGGAAAAAUAUGAGAAGAAAUAUGCUAGCUCAGAAGAUGAGUUAUUUCGGAGGAAAGCCUGGGAGGUCAACUGGGAUAAGGUCACAAAGCACAAUCAAUUGGCUGACCAAGGACUCAAAAAAUAUACGAUGGCCAUGAAUCACUUUGCUGAUAUGACCAGCGAAGAAAUGAAUUCAAGGAAUUGCUUUCUGCCUACACAUUAUCCUUCAAAGCAUAAACCUGCUCCCCGGUACAAUGUGAAACAUGCUAAGAUUUCUAAAGGAGUUGACUGGAGGGAUUCAAACUGUAUCAGUCCUGUUAAAAAUCAAGGAUAUUGUGGAUCUUGUUGGGCAUUUGCAACAGUUGGUGUUCUUGAAGCACUCCAUUGCCUUAAUGGCAAUGAACUCCAUAAUUUGAGCGAGCAACAACUUGUGGACUGUGAUCCCAUCGAUCAUGGAUGCUGUGGGGGAUUUCCAAUAAAUGCUAUAGAUUACAUUACACAGGAAGGAAUCAUGAAAAGUGAAGAUUAUGAGUAUGAAGAGAAGCAAUUCUACUGCCGAUAUGAUUCCAGUAAUGCAAUACAACUGAAUGUUUCCAAAUACUAUGUUUUGCCUAAUGAAGAAAACAUGGCAUCUUCUGUUGCUAAGGAUGGGCCAAUUACUGUUGGAUUUGGUGUGAAUCGAGACUUUAUGUUAUACAGUAAAGGAAUAUUCGAUGGAGAAUGUGCACCAAGACCAAAUCAUGCAAUAAUUAUAGUGGGCUAUGGCACCUUGCAUUGUGAGGAAGGUAAAGAUGAUGGGGAGGACUACUGGAUAAUAAAAAAUAGCUGGGGCACGGAAUGGGGAGAAGAUGGUUUUGGAAAAAUAAUGCGCAACAAAGACAUGUGUGGCAUCUCCGAAUUUGCAGCCUCUCUGGAAUUGAAACCAUGAUUUCCAUAGUUCAUAUUUUCCAUUUUCCUUCCUGAUACCUCUUACUAUAAUUCUUUAACAGCAUAUAUAUUAUUAUAUAUCUUGAACUGCAGAUUCAGUCUAAUGUUAUCUUUUUGUCACAAUCUUAUGUUUUCAAAAGCAUCACUAUGUGCAAAGUAUUCAUACCGCUAUUUUUAAGGAUAGGAAAAUAUAAAGAGAGAGGUUUGCAUUUCCAGUAUCCUUAUUGAUAAUGUUUAAUGCACGUCCAUGUAUUUAAAGAAUAGCAUUAUCUUUAAACUAUUCAUUAAAAUAAGAGAAAGGCAUACAAUAAAGUCUUUUGCUGUAAA